UAGCGUUUGUUUUGUUUGUUUUUUUUUAAUCUGCUUGAUAAAAUACACAUUUAUUUGGUUAGAAUAAGAGAUAAUUUUAAAGAGCAUUCAUUUGCUAUGUCUUGGUCAAAUGGGCUGGUCAAGGAAAUCUUAAAACCCGAAAGCUUGAUCAUUUCAUCAGAAAUCGGCGUUGUUAUAGCAGACAAGUUUCCCAAGGCGAAACAUCACUAUUUGGUAAUCCCAUUAGCCGAUAUUCCCAGCAUAUUUCAUUUGAAUAGGAGCCACCUGCCGCUCUUAGAGGAGCUCCAUCUUUUGGCCAGAAACGUUGUUGAGGUGAAAGGCGUCCGCUGGGAGGAUUUCAAGGUUGGUUUCCACGCGGAACCGAGCAUGCAAAGGCUCCACUUGCAUGUCAUCUCCAGAGAUUUCGUAUCACCAAGUCUAAAGACCAAGAAACAUUGGAACUCCUUCAACACCGAUCUAUUUGUGCCCUACAAAAAACUGUGCUCUGAGCUGGAAAAGGAGAAUAGUAUUUCGCGACUGCCGAAAUCGCUGAAAGACGAACUACUGGCCAAGCCUCUGAUCUGUAACCAGUGCGAAUUUAUUGCGAAAAAUUUGCCAACACUCAAGGAACAUCUGUCUGAGCACCUCCAAGAUUUUACUGGCAAGAACCGAGAAGAGUCAACUGGAAAUCUGAUCCAGUUGCCAGCACUACCGGCUGAUUUUAGGCAGAUGAGUCAGAGCUUUUCCUGUUUAAAUUUCGGUGAUUUACACAAUUGUUAAGGAGGCUAGUCCAAUAAAAUGGAGCAGGAUGAGAAAGCAUAUUUUCGGGAUGAGCUAAAGCGCAAGCUUAAUGAUAAGAGAAACUUUCUCAUCGAAAGUGAUCUGGCGGUGGUGAUCAAGGCGGAUUACCCCAAAUCCCAAUAUCAUUUUCGGGUGGUGGCUAAGGAAGAGUUACGAGAUGUAACUAAGUUAACUGAAGAACAGCUGCCCCUGCUGGAUCACAUGAUGGAGCUGGCCAAUCAAAUAAUCGAAAAGCAGGACCACCUGGAGUCGCGUAACUUUCGCAUAGGUUUCAAAGUCCACACGUUCUGGAACCGUCUGAAUCUGCACGUGAUUUCUGACGACUUUUAUUCCAUGGCCAUGAAACGUCCGCGCCAUUGGAAUAGCUUUAACACAGAACUUUUUAUGCCCUUUCAAAUGGUCCAUAUGAUGCUCAGCGUACAGGGCUCCAUUGAGCCCAUGUCGGAAGAGAGGUACAAGGAGCUGCAAAUGAAGAUGCCCUUGCGGUGCAAUCAGUGCGAUUUUGAAACCAAUUUGCUGCUGGAGCUGAAGGCUCACCUAUUUCAUCAUUGGAACCACAAAGAAGGCGAGCGUGAGCACAAGAAAAAACUAGACAAAAUAACUCAAAUGAUAGACGAGGCGAAGCUGGAUGCGGCGGUGAAACCAGCUGAGCCAUCUGAACUGUCUACCCAAAGUCAGCCAUUAGCUGAAAAUACCCAGAUUCCCAUUCAAAACUCAAGGAAUCCCUUCCGAACUCCACAGCAACAGCAGGCUCAGCAGCAGGCAGAUAAUGGAUAUGCCCCCGUAAACGUAAACGGACCACCGGUAAACAUGAUGAAUCAGCAGAACCCCAACAAUCCUUUCCGAAACACUCCGCCUCUCAAUAUCCAAUCGCUGAAUCCGCCGCAAGUCAAUAGAUUUAAUUAUCGACCAUCCGUUUACAUGCCUCGCGGCCCCAUGUCACAUCAAGGACCUCGGGCUAAUUGGAAUGGUCCUCGUUUUCCACCUAAUCAACAGCAAAACAACUUCAGGCCUCCGGGAUUCCAAGCGCCGCCUCAAAUGAACCAGCAGGGCCCUCCGCCUUAUCCAAAUCAGGCAUUUGUCGGCGGCGGAGCUGGACCAAGUGGUCAACAAAAUGGAGCAAGACCCAAAUGGAUUCCACAAAAUCCCCCAUACCAAAACCAACAGAAUCCGAACCAACAGUUUCGGCAGAACUACAAUCCUCAGCAGUCAAAUCAGAAUCCAAAUCAGCAAAUUCGCCCAUAUUUAAAUCAACAGAAUCGUCAAAAUCCUCGUCAACCAAAUCAACAACCGCGUCCAAAUAUGAAUCCCAAUCAAGUGAAUCCUCAAAACACUACUAAUCAAAAUCGCCAGAAUAAUAAUCACCAAAACCGCCAGAAUAAUUAUCAGCAGAACAAGAACAAAAACAAAAACCCAGCAAACCAAAAAAACCAGCAGCAAUCUGUUGGAAAUCUUCAGAGUCAAGGAGCUCAGGCUCCACCACCUUCAAAUAAUUCCAAGCCAGCUGAGACUUCCUAGGAUCCCUUAUCCUAUUGAAUCAACGGAUUUAAACAGCCCAUUUUUACUAUAACAAACUAUUUAAAAAUGGUUAAUACACACUUAAAAUAGGUUAGCCAGGAAAGCAGAUCCCUUCUUUAAUUGGCAUCACCGCUCAUUUCUUCAAAGCUUUACAAGUAUGUUAUGUCUGUUAGCAUUUUAAAAUCAUAUAUUGAAAUUUCCUCUUUUUAAAGAAAUGAGAAUUGAAAUGCAAUAGAAUAUUUUAUAUUGACGUACCAGGAAUAAUGGCUGGUUGGUUAUACAUAUACCAUAUUUAGCAUGACAAACGAUAAUCUUACUUUGCUACCAAAAAAUUGUGUGAAAGACUUUGAAAAAACUGAUUUUAUGAAAUAUAACUGUUAUUUCGACAAAAUUCAAACUGUAAACAUAUUUAUAUUCUGCAUUAAAAUGUUUAUUUAAUAAACUCGCAUUUAAAACACAACCCAAA